AUGGUGGGACUGGCGCAASCAGAGCCGCCGCUAGGAGAACAUGGCGGGGGAGUGAGGGGAGCUGCCAGCGGCGCCCGGUGUUGUUACCCGGACGGGGUCCGCCCACUUCCGCCCCCGCGCCAACCGCCGUGCGCUGACGGCGCCAGUGCCGUCCCUCCCCGCCGCGCGCCGCCAAUCGCGGCAGAGCGGCGGCCUCUCUGUCCUCGCUCCGACCAAUCGGAAGCGACAAAAACACUCCGGGCCACGCCUCCCUCGAGCCGCCCAAUCCGGGUGGGCACGCCCCCUGUCUCCGAGUCACGGGCUUGCAGUGCGCAGCGGGCGGGCGGCGCCCGCCGGCCAAUCGGGAGCCGCACGAGCAGCCGAAGCCGCGCCCCCGCGCUGCCCGCAGCCAAUCGUGAGAGACGUAAACAGGCGUCGGCGCGCCCCCCGGUGGGCGGUGGCGGCAGGCGGGCCGCGUCGCUCGCCAUGGAGGAGCCGGGCCCGGCUGCCGCGCCGCCGGAGGGGCGGGGGCGGGACGAGCGGAGCUUGGAGGCUCUCAGCCUGGCUGCYGGCGAAGGGGCGGCGGCGGCGGGGCGGCAGCUACCGGAGGGGCGUCGGGCGACGUUGGCGAGCGCCCUGGAACUGGAGGGGACGGUGCUGCGCGAGGGGCGCCUAACCCAGUUCGUAGCCAACAACCUGGAGCGGCGGAUCCGGCUGAGCGGCGCCCCGCGGGGCGAGCCUCCGGCCGGGGGCGGYGGAUCCUCGAUCCCCGCCAUCGACCCCGGGGCGCUGCAGGACGUGGUGGCCCUAGCCGGGCAGGUGGCGGCGCAGGUGGACGAUCUGCUGCGGAACGUGCACUGCGGGCUGCAGGCGCUGACGGCGCUCAGCGUCGGCUGCAUCCAGACCUACCGCGACGGCGUGGAGAGCCUGGGCGAAGCGGCCGACCUCAGCAUCCGCGCCAUGUACGCGCUGGUGGCGCGCUGCGAGGAGCUGGACCGCGCCAUGCAGCCCGUGCCCGCCCUGGCCAAGCGCAUCCGCGACAUGAAGGGCACGCUGGAGCGGCUGGAGGGCCUCUGCAAGUAGCUGCUCCCGCCGCCGCCGCCGGCGCUGGAUGGAGAACCGCGGCCUCGGCGCCGCCUCUCCCGU